CACGCUGCAGGUCUGCAACAGCCGAUCCCAUCUCUCCACACAGCGAAAUCGUUCUACCACCCACGCCCGCCCGCCCGCCCGCCCCGCCUCGAUGGGCUCGCUAGCGAUCCCGCAGCGGCAGCUCUUCAUCGACGGCGAGUGGCGCGCCCCGGCGCUCGGCCGCCGCCUCCCCGUCAUCAACCCUUCCACCGAAGCCGCCAUCGGCGAGAUCCCGGCGGGCACCGCGGAGGACGUGGACGCGGCGGUGGCGGCCGCGCGAGCGGCGCUGAAGAGGAACCGCGGCCGCGACUGGUCCCGCGCGUCGGGCGCCGUCCGGGCCAAGUACCUGCGCGCAAUCGCCGCCAAGAUAAUUGAGCGGAAAUCUGACCUGGCUAGGCUAGAGGCACUUGAUUGUGGGAAGCCUCUUGAUGAAGCGGCAUGGGACAUGGAUGAUGUUGCUGGCUGCUUUGAGUUCUUCGCAGGUCAUGCUGAAGCCUUGGACAAAAGGCAGAAUGCUCAAGUUUCCCUUCCGGAGAAUUUUAAAUGCCAUCUUCGGAAGGAACCUAUUGGUGUAGUUGGGCUAAUCACACCUUGGAACUAUCCUCUCCUGAUGGCUACAUGGAAGGUAGCUCCUGCUCUUGCAGCUGGUUGUACGGCUGUAUUGAAACCAUCUGAAUUGGCUUCUGUGACUUGCUUAGAGCUUGCUGAUGUGUGUAAAGAAGUAGGUCUUCCUUCAGGUGUCCUAAACAUUGUGACUGGAUUAGGUCCCGAAGCUGGCGCUCCUUUGUCAUCACACCCUGAUGUCGACAAGGUCUCAUUUACUGGAAGCUAUGAAACCGGUAAAAAGAUUAUGAUUGCUGCAGCUCCUACAGUGAAGCCUGUUACACUGGAACUUGGUGGCAAAAGUCCUAUAGUAGUAUUUGAUGACGUCGACAUCGACAAAGCUGUUGAGUGGACUCUAUUUGGGUGCUUUUGGACCAAUGGGCAGAUUUGCAGUGCAACAUCUCGUCUUCUUAUCCAUUCAAAAAUUGCUAAAGAAUUCGUUGAGAGGAUGGUUGCAUGGUCCAAAAAUAUUAAGGUGUCAGAUCCGCUUGAAGAGGGUUGCAGGCUUGGGCCAGUUGUUAGUGAAGGACAGUAUGAGAAGAUUAAGAAGUUUGUAGCAAAUGCUAAAAGUGAAGGUGCUACCAUUCUGACCGGGGGCGUUAGGCCAAAGCAUUUGGAGAAAGGUUUCUAUAUUGAACCAACGAUCAUUACUGAUGUCAGCACAUCAAUGGAAAUUUGGAGGGAGGAAGUGUUUGGUCCUGUUCUGUGUGUGAAAGAAUUUAGCAGUGAUGAUGAAGCCAUUGAAUUGGCCAAUGAUACCCAUUAUGGUCUGGCUGGAGCUGUUAUUUCGGGUGAUCGAGAGCGAUGCCAGAGAGUAUCUGAGGAGGUCAACGCAGGAUGUAUCUGGGUGAACUGCUCGCAACCGUGCUUCUGCCAAGCUCCUUGGGGAGGGAACAAGCGCAGUGGCUUUGGGCGUGAGCUCGGAGAAGGGGGCAUUGACAACUACCUGACCAUCAAGCAAGUCACGGAGUACACCUCUGAUGAACCGUGGGGAUGGUACAAAUCCCCUGCUUAGAUGCAAAGCUUGCUCUAGGAAAGAACUGCACCAUCGGAAUAAACUGUGCCGCUGACGGCAUAGACUUUUGGAUUGGCUAAAAAUAUCAUAUGUCAUGUACUGCUGAAUCUUCAAAAUAAAGGCCAUAGUUUGAGUUGAUGAGUU